UUUCCCAGCUUGCUCAAAUAUGAUUUAAUGUUAGGGAAUACUACUAAAUAUUAUUCUAAUGGAUACCCAACCUCCACAAGAUUAAUUUUGGGUGGUACAUCCUUAAAUGCGAAGACAUUUGAGCAAUUGUUUUUACAUAAAUUAGAAUUUGUAGAAGUGAGGGAUUGUGGGGAUGUUUUCACUCUGUUUCCAGCAAGAUUGCAGCAAGGUUUAAAAAAUCUAAGGAGGGUGGAAAUUGAGGACUGCAAAUCAGUGGAAGAGGUAUUUGAAUUGGGUGAGGAGAAGGAGCUGCCGUUGCUGUCAUCUUUAACAGAGUUAAAGCUGUACCGGUUACCUGAGCUCAAAUGCAUAUGGAAGGGGCCCACCAGACAUGUCAGCCUCCACAGUCUUGCUCAUCUGCAUUUGGAUUCUCUCGACAAAAUGACAUUUAUCUCCACACCGUCCCUUGCUCAAAGUCUGUCAAAGCUAGAAACCCUUUGCAUAAGUAAAUCCGGUGAAUUGAAGCAUAUUAUCAGAGAAGAGGAUGGUGAAAGGGAAAUAAUUCCAGAGUCUCCUUGCUUCCCAAAAUUAAAAACUAUCAUCAUAGAAGGCUGUGGUAAACUGGAAUAUGUCUUCCGUGUCUCCGUGUCUCUAACUCUUCAAAGUCUACCACAGCUAAAAAGACUUCAGGUAAGUGAUUGUGGUGAAUUGAAGCAUAUUAUCAGAGAAGAGGAUGGUGAAAGGGAAAUAAUUCCAGAGUCUCCUCGCUUCCCAAAAUUAAAAACUCUCCGCAUAUCUCACUGUGGUAAACUGGAAUAUGUCUUCCCAGUCUCUUUGUCUCAUAACAGAGAUGGCAUCAUAGACUUAACCAUUGAAGGCCACGAAGAAGUGGGUAAUUGGUUGGCACAGCUACAACAAAACGGCUCCGUACAAAGAUUAGAAUUUGUACAAGUGGACGAUUGUGGGGAUGUUCGCGCUCCGUUUCCAGCAAAAUUGCUGCGAGCUUUGAACAAUCUAAAGGAGGUGAUUGUUGGCGGCUGCAAAUCAUUGGAAGAGGUAUUUGAAUUAGUUGAGGCUGAUGAAGGAAGUAGUGAGGAGAAGGAGCUGCCGCUGCUGUCAUCUUUAACAGAGUUACAGCUGUACCAGUUACCUGAGCUCAAAUGCAUAUGGAAGGGGCCACCUAGACAUGUCAGCCUCCAAAGUCUUAAUCUUCUGUUUUUGACUUCUCUCGACAAACUAACAUUUAUCUUCACACCGUCCCUCGCUCGGAGUCUGUCAAAGCUAGAAAGACUUUACAUAAGUAAAUGAGGUCAAUUGAAGCAUAUUAUCAGAGAGGAGGAUGGUGAAAGGGAAGUAAUUCCAGAGUCUCCUGGGCAGGAUGAUCAAGCUUCACCUAUCAACGUUGAGAAGGAGAUAGUGCUUCCUAAUCUAAAGGAGUUGUCGAUACAACAAUUAUCAAGUAUUGUCUGUUUUAGUUUCGGAUGGUGUGAUUAUUUGUUAUUCCCUCGUUUGGAGAAGUUGGAG